AUGAGUUUCAACCCACCAGAUCUGUUUGGACCCUAUUAUCUUAUUGCUUAUGCAUAUUAUACAGAAUCAAAUAAAGGGGGAAGCAGUCGCAUUAUAAUUGGAGCAGCAGUUGGUUGUUCUCUCCUUUUGUUAUUACUAGUAGUUGCAGGAGUAUAUGCUUUCCGCCAAAAGAAAAGAGCAGAAAGAGCUAUUGAACAGAAUAAUCCCUUUGCAAAUUGGGAUCAGAAUAUGGGAAGUGGUGGCGUUCCCCAAUUAAAAGGAGCCAGGCGGUUCUCGUUUGAAGAGCUUAAGAAAUACACCAACAAUUUUUCAGAAGCGAAUAGUAUUGGAUCUGGGGGUUAUGGGAAGGUCUAUCGGGGGACUCUUUCCACUGGGAAACUGAUUGCCAUCAAGCGAGCUCAAAGAGAUUCUAUGCAGGGUGGCCAUGAAUUCAAAACUGAGAUUGAACUUCUAUCAAGGGUCCAUCACAAGAAUCUUGUCACCCUUGAGGGUUUCUGUUUUGAGCAAGCUGAACAAAUGCUGGUAUAUGAGUAUAUUCCAAAUGGUACUGUGAUGGAUAGUCUUUCAGGGAAGUCAGGAAUCAGGUUAAAUUGGAUGAGGAGACUUAGAGUGGCCCUUGGUGCAGCCAGGGGUCUGGUCUAUCUUCACGAACAUGCGAAUCCUCCCAUCAUACAUAGGGACAUCAAAUCAAAUAACAUCCUUUUAGAUGAAAGUUUAAAUGCAAAAGUUGUCGAUUUUGGAAUCUCCAAGCCUAUGUUGGACAGCCAAAGGACUCAUGUCUCCACUCAAGUCAAAGGAACAUUGGGAUACAUGGAUCCUGAAUAUUACAUGACCCAACAACUAAAUGAGAAGAGUGAUGUCUAUAGCUUUGGAGUGUUACUGUUGGAGCUAAUAACUGCAAAAAGGCCAAUAGAGCGAGGGAAGUAUAUCGUAACAGUGGUAAGGAAUGCAAUGGAUAAGACAAAAGAAUUAUACAAUAUUCAUGAAAUUCUUGACCCAGCCAUUGGUUUGGGAACAAUGCCGAAAGGUUUAGAAAAGUUUGUGGACCUGGCAAUGAGGUGUGUUGAAGAAUCAGGAGCCAAACGUCCUACAAUGGGUGAGGUGGUAAAAGAAAUUGAGAUCAUUAUUCAGCUUUCUGGGUUGAACCCCAAUGUUGAAUCUGCAUCCACUUCGGCAACUUAUGAGGAAGCCGGUAACAGUCGUUCCCUCCACCCUUACAGCGAUGAUAACUUUUAUUAUAGUGGGCCCUUCCCUUCUUCAAUAAUGCAUCCUAAGUGAAUAUCAUUUCACAAUUUGGAAUGCUCAACUUGGCAGCAAAAAGUAGUUCUCUGUAUACACUGAUUUAGGGUAUAGCAUGCAAUUUGAUGAAUGUGUUUUAUAGUAUCUUACAUGUCCUUGUCAUUUUGGUUUUAAUCUUUUUAAAAACUACACUUACCCCCUUGAACUACUACUCUAUUUGUAAUUUCUCUCAAACUUCAGAAAGUUGCAUUAUAAGAAUCCAUUUUACUAGGCUACCA